AUGGGAGUGCUAGAGUUCAAGCAUAUCUUCUUUAGGAGCUUUUUUGGGUCCAAUGGAGCAUCCCAGGUUCUGUUCACCUUUCUUCUGAUUCCAUGUUGCUUGACUAAGGAUUUCAGAGCACACCCUUUUCUGCCAAACAUUUCUUUCCUCUGGGCUUGGAAUGCACCAACUCAACCUUGUUUUAAGAGGUUUAAUGUGUUGAUAGAUUUGAGCCUCUUUUCUUUAAUAGGAAACCCUCAAAAGGGUGCCAAAGAACAACCCAUUACAUUAUUUUAUGUUGAUAGACUUGGCUUAUAUCCUCACAUAGAUAAGCAUGGCAAGAGUCAUAAUGGAGGAAUCCCCCAGUUGGGUAACUUAACAAAGCAUUUGGAGAAAGCUAAGAAAGACAUUGCCUUUUACAUGCCAACAGACAAGCCAGGCUUGGCUGUCAUUGACUGGGAAGAGUGGAGGCCUAUCUGGGCAAGAAACUGGAAACCUAAAGACAUUUACAGGACUAAAUCUGUUGAUUUGGUUAAGCUACAACAUCCACAAAUUAGUGACAAAGAUGCCAACGACCUAGCCAAAGAAAAUUAUGAAAAAGAAGGAAGGAAUUUCAUGCAAGAGACUUUAAUUUUGGGAAAAUCGUUUCGGCCAGGCAGCUUAUGGGGUUAUUAUCUUUUUCCUGAUUGUUACAAUCAUCAAUAUAGUAAACCUGAUUACAGCGGGCAUUGCUUUGAGAUAGAAAAGAGAAGAAAUAAUGAGCUCAACUGGUUGUGGAAUGAAAGCACUGCCCUUUUCCCAUCCAUUUAUUUGAAUACCAACCUAAUGUCUUCUCCAAAAACUGCACUCUUUGUCCGUAAUCGUGUUCAGGAAGCCAUUCGGGUUUCUACAGUACGCAGUGUUGAAAGUCCACUUCCGAUUUUUCUAUAUGCUCGUCCAGUUUUUACUGAUGAAUCUUCGAAAUAUCUUACUGAGGAGGACCUUGUGAGUACACUUGGUGAAACUGUUUCUUUAGGUGCCUCUGGAAUUAUAAUUUGGGGAAGCCUCAAUUUAAGCCAAAGUUUGGUCGCCUGCACGAACCUACAAAGUUACAUGAACUCUACAUUGGGCCCUUACAUAAUCAAUGUUACCCUAGCAUCCAAAAUAUGUAGCCAAGUGUUUUGCCAGGACAAAGGACUUUGCACAAGGAAAGAAUGGAAUUCAAGUACCUAUCUUCAUCUGAACCCAGUGAAUUUCGCUAUUGAAAUUGGGGAAAAUGGGAAAUUCAAAGUAAAAGGGAAACCCUCAGUUGAAGACCUGAAACACUUUGCCAAAGAAUUUCAUUGCAGCUGUUAUGCCAACAGCAACUGUGAGAAGGAAGUUGAUCUAAGAAAAAAACUUAAUGUUGAUGUAUGUGUCAUUGAAGAUGUUUGUGUAACUACCGUUCUAAACUCAGAAAAUGAAAUAUUCCACUCAAACCUCCCUCUGAUGCUUUUCCAUGGACGUCAAGUUAAGAGCCCUGGUACAAAGGAGUGGACAAUACACCCAGCCAAACCCCAGACCCAGUGUUAUGACUCUGGUAGAUGUGAGCUCAGUGGUGGGAGACUCACUUUCCUGGUAGCCUUAGAAAAGGCCUCACAAGGAUCCAAUAAGAUAACAUUGGACCUGUAA